CCUCCUGCGUGUGGAGUGGUUGCACUGUACCAACUUAUUAGUUGAUUAUUUAGUUUUAAAAUUUAUUGUGAUUCGUUUUACAUUUUGAUCCGUUAGUGUUUUUUUUUUUUAUAUAUUAAUGUCAUUUCAUCUUUUGUGAUGUGAUGUAUACAACUCUGAAAACGUUAUUACUUACUGACGGAUUUUAAUGUUGUAUUAGAUUUAGAUUCAAAACAAUCAGGUUUGCACAUAACGAUAACAUAACAAGAGACCUUGACUUUGACUGAGUGCUAGGCUACAGUUAAACUGUUGAAGUUAGUGUUAUCGCACAGUAGCCUAGGAUAUAUUUCUCAUUAAAAAGGACAUCUCUAGAACAAUAUGUCAAAAGCAGAAAACACAGUAUCAUCUAGCGCCGUUCUUAGUCCGGAGGAGAGAUUGAAAAGACAAGUUGCUGACUUUGCUUCUGUUGAGGUUGAUCCCAAUGUUCCUCCUAAAAGAUAUUACAGAUCUGGAUUAGAAAUGGUGCGAAUGGCCAAUGUAUAUUUUGAAGAAGGUCAACUAGAAAAUGCUUAUAUUCUCUACAUGAAAUUUAUGACAUUAUUCUUAGAAAAAAUCCGAACACAUCCCCAGCUGAACACUGUAUCUUCAACAGAAAAGGUAGUUAAUCAACAGAAGCUGCGAGAAGUGCUGCCCAAAGCAGAGCAGUUGAAACACCAACUCCUCAAGAAAUAUGAGGAAGAGUAUGAGCGAUAUCUCAGAGAUCAGACAAGGCGGGAAGAAGAGAGGCGGAAACAAGUGACAGAUAGUGACAGAAGAAAGCGAUCGUCUGGAAAAGGUGGAGCAGACAUAUUGCCGCCUCCCCAACCAUCUUUGGUCCUGGAGCCUGUACCACCUUUGCCAGAUCAACUUCACUACAACUUGGACCUUCACCCUCAUCCUCCAGAUACAUUGAGACCAAGUGUUCCAGGAGUAGACAGGUCCACUAAACCUCACUCCCUCCUCAGUUCGACACUCAGUAACAAACUUGGGCUCCGCACAGUCGUUGUUCCUCACAUUCUACAUGCAAAGUUCAUCAUGCUCGCUCAGAAAAAAACGGAGAACAACAUUGAAACCUGUGGCAUUCUGGCGGGCCGUCUGGACCACGACCACCUAGUCAUUUCCCACCUGAUAGUUCCGAAACAACACGGUGGUGCAGACUACUGCAAUAUGGAAAACGAGGAGGAGAUAUGUGAAUAUUCUGAUCAAAGGGAGCUGCUCACUCUCGGAUGGAUCCAUACACACCCCACCCAGUCAGCCUUUCUGUCCAGUGUAGAUCUUCACACACACUUCAGUUACCAGCUGAUGAUGCCAGAGGCCAUAGCGAUUGUGUGUGCUCCUAGAUAUCAAGAAGUGAAAGUGUUCUGUUUAACGCCUUAUCAUGGUCUGGAGUUCAUUAAGAACUGUCGGCAACCUGGAUUCCACCCCCACCCUAAUGAACCACCGCUCUUUAUGGUAGCGGAACACUACAGGAUGGACAGCUCUGCCGCUUUGGAAGUUGUUGAUCUCAGGAGAUAGUAGAACUGAACAGCUGACUGCACAUUCCUCGCACCAAAGAUUGCUUUUAACACACUGACUGAGCGAUUAUGUUGCUAUAUUUGUAUAAAUAUUCGUAUUAUUUAUUUUGUAAAAUUAAUAUCAUUAUAUAAAUGCUUUAUAAAGAG